AUGGUUGCCCUUAAAACCGUAUACACCUCCUACUAUAACAGUAUUUUCUCUUCGGGUUUCAUUUUCUUCUUUGGGUGUUUUGUUUUCUUCGGAUCGAUUGCGACUCUUUAUGGGUGGCUCGCUUUCUCACCCGCUGUUCAUGCGGGUCUUUCCACCUUGGGUUGUCAAGAGGACAAUGAGGGUUCUUGGUCAAUUGGGAUUUUCUAUGGUGACUCACCCUUCACUCUUAAACCCAUAGAAUCGGCGAACCUAGGGAACGACGAGAGUGCUGCUUGGCCAGUAGCCAAUCCUAUUGUGACAUGUGCUUCUGUUUCUGAUGGUGGUGCUCCCAGCAAUUUUGUUGCUGAUCCCUUUCUUUUCAUUCAGGGAGAUGAUUAUUAUAUAUUCUAUGAGACAAAGAAUGCAAUAACCAUGCAAGGUGAUAUUGGAGUCUCAAAAAGUACUGAUAAGGGAGCAACAUGGAAACACCUCGGAAUUGCUUUGGAUGAGGAAUGGCACCUUUCGUAUCCAUAUGUCUUUGAGCAUGAUGGGAAGAAAUAUAUGAUGCCUGAGGGAAGUAAGAAAGGAGACCUUCGUCUCUACGAAGCAGUUAACUUUCCCUUGCAUUGGAAAGUGAAAAAGGUUCUCCUGAAGAAGCCCCUCAUUGAUUCCUUCAUUGUCAACUAUGGUGGAAGGUUUUGGCUUUUUGGCUCAGACCAUAGUGGUUUUGGAACCGAGAAAAAUGGGCAGUUGGAGAUUUGGCAUAGUAGUUCGCCUCUUGGUCCUUGGAAACCUCACAAGAAAAACCCAAUCUAUAAUAUUGACAAGAGUCAAGGAGCUCGCAAUGGGGGCAGGCCGUUUUUAUACGAAGGGAAUCUUUAUCGUGUUGGUCAGGAUUGUGGCGACACAUAUGGGAGACGGGUGCGUGUCUUUAAGAUAGAAACUCUUACUCCUGAAGAAUACAAAGAAGUUGAAGUCCCUUCUGGCUUUGUUGAGCCAAAGAAGGGUCGAAAUGCUUGGAAUGGUGCUCGUUACCAUCACCUUGAUGUGCAACAGCUGCCAUCUGGUGAUUGGGUUGGGGUUAUGGAUGGAGAUCGUGUUCCUUCUGGAGAUUCAAUCCGGCGGUUCAUGGUUGGUUGUGCUUCCGUUGCUGUUGCUGCAGUACUUAUUGUGUUUUUGGGCGUGUUGCUCGGGUUUGUGAAUUGCAUUGUCCCUCUCAAUUGGUUCAUUCAUAACUCGGCAAAGAGGAAUUUAACCGUCUUGUCUUGGGAGAGAUCUAAUGUGUUCUGUUCAAAAGUAAGACGGUUUUGCAGCCGGUUGAACAGAGCCCCGACCUUUAUCCGAGGUAAGAUAAAGCAUAAUGCUUGCGCCAGGAGGUUUAUUCUUGUUAUAUUAUUUGCAGUGGUAGUUGGCUUGAUGUGUAUAGGAGUUAGAAAUAUUUACGGAGGUAAUGGAUCAGAAGAACCUUACCCAUAUAAUGGACAAUAUUCACAGUUCACCUUGUUAGCAAUGACCUAUGAUGCUCGACUAUGGAACUUGAAGAUGUAUAUCAGACAUUACUCGAGAUGCUCUUCGGUUGGGGAGAUUGUAGUGGUGUGGAACAAGGGAGUCCCUCCGAAAUUGAGUGAUUUUGACUCUGCAGUACCGGUGAGGAUUAGGGUAGAGGACAAGAACUCUUUGAAUAAUCGGUUCAAGAUUGACCCAUUGAUAAAGACGCGAGCAGUACUAGAGCUUGACGACGACAUUAUGAUGACAUGCAAUGAUGUUGAGCGAGGUUUCAGGGUGUGGCGUCAGCAUCCAGAUCGAAUCGUUGGAUUUUAUCCCCGGCUUAUUUAUGGCAGUCCGUUGAGGUAUAGGGGAGAAAAAUAUGCACGAAAGCAUAAAGGGUACAACAUGAUUCUUACUGGUGCGGCUUUCAUCGAUUCUCAAUUAGCUUUCAAGAGGUACUGGAGUGAGGAAGCCAAGCAAGGGAGGGAAGUUGUGGACAAGUUAUUUAACUGCGAAGAUGUUCUCUUAAAUUACUUGUAUGCGAACGCAAGCUCAUCAAGGACAGUUGAUUACGUGAAGCCAGCAUGGGCAGUUGACACCUCGAAAUUUUCCGGUGUGGCGAUUAGUGGGAACACACAAGUGCAUUAUCGGUUGAGGAGCUCAUGCCUCAUGAAAUUCUCGGAGAUGUACGGAAGCUUGGCCGGUCGGAAAUGGGAAUUCGACAGGAGACAAGAUGGUUGGGAUGUAUAGUAGAGAGAGAGAUAUUCAUAGGUAGGUCAUUUCCAACUCUUCUUUUUCUUUUUGAGGGUAUAAAGUCUUCAUUCUUUAUACUUGUACCCCAACUGUGAAUUUUAAUUUAGGGGUUUAUUCCAAAAUAGAGUGUUCUGCAGCAACCAUGUAAAUUGGUUUUAAAUUGGCCUUCAGUGUUCUGUUUUUUCAAAUCAAAAGCUAGGCAUAGAAAGUUAUUCCUUA